AUGGAUCGAUAGCAAGUUCAAAGCGCCCUACUUUUUGCAGCUUUAGGUUUUGAGCCAGCAAGCCAGUCAACUCUUUCUCGCAAAUUGGAAAACAUUAGACCAAAUGGAGGAACGAGCUUGAGAGAUGCUACAGCUCAAGGAGUCUAGAUUAUGAUUCAAUUAAAUGCUGCCAUUCAUUAGCUUCAGACAGGUGGGGUCUACAAAUUCGUACAUAUUGUCAUCACUGAUGGUUAGGAUACAUCUUCAAAUAUUUCCUUUGAGGAAUUAGGUGCAGCAUUCUAUGCCAUAGGAGCAAGCUUGCCUAAAGAGUUUAUUAGAACUGUAUUUGUUGGUAUAGACUUGGCUGAUGAUUAAAAAGCACAGACUGAAUUGACUGCCAUUUCCCUGCUUGGAGGAGAUACAUCUGAGAUUCACAAUAUCCAAAACACAAAGAUUUCAUAAAUCCUUGAAAAAGUAAGACUUGAAUUAGGAAUCAGAAGCUAGAGACAGCAGUUAGUAAUCAGUUAAGGAGAUUAAACUCUAUGUGUGGCUCGUGAAUCUCAUUAACCAUUGCUCAAGGUUUCUGAAGAGCACUAUGCUGUGCUAUUUAAUUUGGACAUAAGUGGAUCCAUGACUGGGAGAAAGAUGGAACAAGUUGAAAUCUUAACCCAAAACAAAUAAUUGCUUCAAGAAAUUGAGAAAGUAAGGCAGGGUAGGAAAUGGACCUUCUGUAAGGUACUAAAAGCCAUCGCAUUGGUAAUUUUCUGCCCUAUUUGGUGUCCUUUGGUCUGUUGUGCAAAGGUUUGCUGUCAGUGA